AUGGCAACCAUCCAGGAAGUAUCGAAUGACUCGCCUCAAUGCCACAACAUCGCUCCUGAGGGUGAUCUUCUACUCAUCUUCAAAUAUCAUACUCCCCCGGUGCAGAUGCGAGUCUCCCAAGAAGUGGUUACUCGCGCGUCCCGAUACUUCUGGGAGGGGUUAGCCCAGCCGACGUUGGAUAAGUCUUCAGACACCGGAGUACGCGAGGUCAUUGCGAAUGCGUUUGACCCGGAGGCGAUGCUGAUUCUCAUGAAUCUUGCCCAUGGAAGAGCCAAGAAUUGUCCCAGACGGAUGAACAUUGAGCUUCUCCAUAAGGUGGCUAUGCAAGCAUGGAUAUUUGGCAUGUUGCCCAUUCUGAGGGACCCCUGUCGUCUGUGGGUUAACAAUGUCAUGAUGCUACCUGGCCAGUUCAACUCUAUGCAGGUUGCUGUGUGGAUGCUGAACAUCAUGCUGAUUCUUAACUUGAAGGUACAGUUCAAGUCUCUUACUCGGCUUCUUGUCACUAACUGUUCCACAAAAAGAUUUGUGGUGCCAGGGACGCUUUUGGCUCCGAGAAUGUUCGAUGAGAUCCGUGCCAAAAAGGUCGAAUUGUGUGAAGUCAUGGGAGAUGUGAUCUUCUAUACAAUUGCAGGCUUUCUUAAAAAGGAGCACACCAUGUGCUCCAAAGAAUGUGAUGUUCAACUGCUCUAUGAUCUACAGGGAGUAUUGCAGGAAGCUCAGACUGCGGCGACGAAACCAUCGAGACUUCCGCCAUUGCUGGAGCGGGUCCGUGAGAACAGGAUCCUCUGGCAUAUCGUGAAUCCGGUGCCUGGCCGUGACCAUGGCAUGACUUGGUGCGUUCUCACAUUGGAAGAGAGCAUCAUUGCCAUACAGGAGAAGCUCGCUGCGGCAACCGGGUUUGAACUUGCUGACUGGAGACCCGAACCGAUUCACCACGACAUAAACUGGUCGUCUGAGCAGCCAGAGGAGCCGUAUUUGGGCUUGCCUUGGCCUUACACCGGGAAAUUUGAUCUGGACUGGGACGGACCGGAAGGACCGGAAGGACCCAAUGAGUCCGACGAAUCCUUCAGUGCCGAUGCAGCUCAAGCAUUGGCGGCCAUGAGCUUGAGCGAUCAUCUCAUGGAAUGGUGA